AACCAAUCCUGGCAUCCGGGAACCUGUCACGUGGUAAUGCGCGAGUUCUACCAGCUGCUGUGCGAAAACAGACGCAGGAACUCGUCGGGCGCAGGGCAUCGAGUGAUAUUACUGGUGCCCAAGAAAGUACUCCCAAGUGAUGGCCUCAGCUUCAAUACCAGCAUUCAAUUCAAACGCCUUGGAAAAUAAUUCCUCUAGAAACGCCUCGAGGGAGAACCUCAACAUGGACUCGCUGUCUGAUGUGCCCUUACUGCCAGGAGAGGAGAGAGUGACCGACAAGGAUUUGAUGUACAUCUGUCCAUUCAAUGGAGCCGUUAAAGGGAAAGUCAUCAUUACGAACUACAGACUGUAUUUCCGGAGCGUGGAUGUGGAACCUGUCGUGAUGGUUGAUGUGCCAUUAGGAACCAUCAGUCGGGUAGAAAAAAUGGGUGGAGCUUCCAGUCGAGGGGAGAAUUCCUAUGGGCUGGAUAUCACUUGCAAGGAUAUGAGGAACUUGCGAUUUGCUCUGAAGCAGGAGGGUCACAGCAGGAGAGACAUCUUUGACAUCCUGUCCCGGCUGGCCUUCCCCCUGUCCAACAGCAUGCAACUCUUUGCGUUCCUGAGCCAGGAGAAGUUUCAUGAGAACGGCUGGACCGUGUACGAACCCAUGCAGGAGUUCAGACGACAGGGUUUGCCCAAUGACAGGUGGAGGAUCACCUUCUUGAAUCAGAGCUACGAGCUGUGCGACACCUACCCCACCAUCCUGGCGGUUCCCUCCAAGGCCUCCGAGGAGGACCUGCGGAAAGUAGCCAGCUUCCGUUCCCGCAGCCGGAUCCCCGUGUUGUCAUGGAUACACCCGGAAAACCAGGCGGUGAUCACGCGCUGCAGCCAGCCCCUGGUGGGCAUGAGCGGCAAGCGCAACCGUGACGACGAGCGCUACCUGGACAUGAUCCGCGAGGCCAACGGCAGCACCGGCAAGCUGACCAUCUACGACGCCCGGCCUAACGUCAACGCUGUGGCCAAUAAGGCGACAGGGGGCGGUUACGAGGGGGACGAUGCCUACCAGAACGCAGAGCUGGUGUUCCUGGACAUCCACAACAUUCACGUGAUGAGAGAGUCCCUGAAAAAGCUGAAGGACAUUGUCUACCCCCAAGUGGAGGAGGCUCAUUGGCUGUCCAGCCUCGAGUCCACGCACUGGCUGGAGCAUAUCAAGCUGGUGCUGUCGGGGGCGAGCCAGGUGGCGGAGAAGAUCUCCACGGGCAACUCGGUGGUGGUGCACUGCAGCGACGGCUGGGACCGCACGGCCCAGCUCUGCGCCCUGGCCAUGCUCAUGCUGGACAGCUACUACCGCACGCUGCAGGGCUUCCAGGUGCUGCUGCAGAAGGAGUGGAUCAGCUUCGGACACAAGUUCUCCUCCAGGAUCGGUCACGGUGAUAAAAACCAUGCAGAUGCGGACAGGUCUCCCAUAUUCCUGCAGUUCAUCGACUGUGUCUGGCAGAUGACCAAACAGUUCCCCACAGCUUUCGAGUUUAACGACCGAUUCCUCAUGACCGUGCUGGACCACCUGUACAGCUGUCGCUUCGGAACCUUCCUUUACAACUGCGAGAGUGCCCGCGAGGCCAACGAGGUGAAGUUAAAGACGGUGUCCCUGUGGUCACUCAUAAACAGUGACUCCUCCUCCUACAUCAACCUCUUCUACACCAUGGAGUCCAGCCAUGUGCUCUACCCCGUGGCCAGCAUGCGCCACCUAGAGCUCUGGGUGAAUUACUACAUCCGGUGGAACCCCCGGAUCCCCAAGGAGCCGCAGAGCCCGGUGGAGCAGAGGUAUAAGGAGAUGCUGGCACUGAAGGACCAGUAUCUAAAGAAGCUGCAGGAGCUCCAGCUGUCUGACUCCACCCCCCACCUGUCCAACAGCUCCACCCCCUCCCCAGCCUCACCCACGCAGCGGGUCACACACCUGAACACACACUUCUGACAUGCAGGGCAAUGCACACGCCUUUCUGCCCUCCCCCGCACACACCUUUAUGCCCCCCCACACACGGCCUUCUGCCCCCCCGCACACACCUUUAUGCCCCCCUACACACACCUUUGUGACCCCCUCACACACCUUUAUAACCCCCUCACACGCCCUUAUGACCCCCUACACACGCCCUUCUGCCCCCCCGCACACACCUUUAUACCCCCUCACACACCUUGUGACCCCCGCCCAUGCCCUUGUGACCCCCGCACACGCCCUUAUGACCCCCGCACACGCCCUUCUGACCCCUGCACACGCCCUUCUGACCCCCGCACACCCCUUCUGACCCCCGCACACGCCCUUUGACCCCCUGCACACGCCCUUCUGACCCCCGCACAGCCCUUCUGACCCCCGCACAUGCCCUUCUGACCCCUGCACACGCCCUUCUGACCCCCGCACACGCCCUUAUGACCCCCACACACACCCUUAUGACCCCCGCACACGCCCUUAUGACCCCCGCACACGCCCUUAUGACCCCCUGCACACCCCUUCUGACCCCCUCACACCCCUUAUGACCCCCGCACACGCCCUUCUGACCCCCGCACACGCCCUUCUGACCCCCGCACACGCCCUUCUGACCCCCGCACACCCCUUAUGACCCCCGCACACGCCCUUCUGACCCCGCACACGCCCUUUAACC